AUGGCUUCAUUCUCGAGACUCGUCCGCUUCCUCGCCCGGGACGGCAAGACAUACUAUGGCGAUGCUAUCCUCCCCAGCGGCGUCACUGAUAUAUCAAAGGCGAGACAAGCUCGUAUUGUGACAGGUGACAUCUUUGGGAGACACGAUGUCACAGAAAACGUCGCCGACAUUCGGCUGUUGUUGUCCCCCUUGGCUCCCGAACAUGUCAAGACUGUGCGAUGUCUGGGUCUCAACUAUGCGAACCACGCAAAGGAGUCGAACAUGGCCAUUCCCAAGUUUCCUGUUCUCUUCUACAAACCGGCAACCUCCCUCGCCGGACCAAGUGACCCCAUUCCCGUGCAUCCGGUCGCGCAGACCGGCAGCACCUUGGACUACGAGUGUGAACUGGUCGUCGUCAUCGGCAAGACCGCCGCCAACGUGCCUGAGGAUCAGGCCCUCGACUACGUCCUCGGCUACGCCGUCGGUAACGACGUGUCCCACCGCGAGUGGCAGCUCCAGCGUGGUGGGGGUCAAUGGUCGCUUGGGAAGGGAUUCGACGGCUGGGCGCCGUUCGGCCCCGGCAUUGUGACCAGCAAAGUCGUUAGGGACCCGCAAAAUCUUAAGAUCUUUACCAAGGUCAACGGGGAGACCGUUCAGAACAACAACACCAAAGAUAUGAUAUUCGGCAUCAAGAAGAUGAUCUCUUUUCUGAGCCAGGGUACUACCCUGCUGCCUGGGGACGUCAUCUUUACGGGAACCCCUGAGGGUGUAGGCAUGGGCCGUACACCUCAACUGUGGCUGAGGGACGGAGACGUUGUCGAAGUCGGCCUCGAGAAUGUAGGCUCUUGCAUCAACAAGGUGGAGUUCAGCAAGCUGAAGUCAAAAAUCUGA